AUGAAUGAAUCAUCUACUAUUUCUACCUAUCUUCGAACAGAGACAGAUGAAGUCAAAGAAUUCAGUAGUAAUAUAAUGACUCAAAGAAAGAAAAUUCCAUAAUUGAAAAACUUGAUUUCGCCUAGAAAAUCGAAGCAGGUUAAAUUCAAUCCAAUAAUUGAUUCAGUUCGUAGCAGUCAAAGUCAAAGAUCCUCAAAAGGGAAUUUAGGUCUGCAAACAUAAAAUAACAAUAUGAUAUUUAAAGAUUCCUUUGAAUUGUUCUUAGAUGGCAAAAUAACGAGUGUUGAAUUACUGCAAUUAUCCAACUAUCCCAGAUUGCGAUAAUAAUUGAUGGAGGAUCAUGCUGAUUCAAAAGGAAUAAGUAUUUUGGGACCACUAGUAAGGUUUAAAAAUAAAUUCAAACACAAAUAAGUUAGAAACACUCAAGAUGAUAGAAGUGUCUAUUUAAAAUCCAAGCUGCAAGGAUUAAACAAUUUAAUUCACACGAGAAUGAUGCAAAAGAAGGAAGACAAUGAAACUCAAAGAAGAUAAAAUCUUUAAAAUGUUGGGUUGUUUAAAACCAUCGUGGAUGCUUCUGAAGGAAUAGAAGACAAAUUGGCUUAAACUAAAGAUCCUUUUGCUAAGAAGAUUCCUUCAAUUAGAUCUUUAAAGACUAUGACGGUCAGCUAUGACGAUUUGAAGCCAAUUAUCAAAAAUGCAAAAGAAUCACCAGCAAUUUCAAAAAUCUUUUUAAAAAACAAUCUAACUGAAUCAACCAAAAAAUAUAUGGAUGAGGCUUCCAGACAACAUUAUCUCAAGUAACAAGAGUUAAAUAAGCUAACCAAAAUGUAAAUUACCAAAUAAUCCAACUCCAAGUUUUCAUUAUACAACAAGGACGUAUUGACAUCCAAAGAUCUAGAACUCUAUGAUUAUCUUCACAACAAGCCAAAACCAAUUGUUCUUAGAAAUCAUUUCACUGAAAUGGAUGAGGAAACCAUUCCAACUCAUGAAAUUAUUGCUACUAAGAUAGGAAACCAAAGACUCAAGAAGAGAUAUCAUAAAACUGAAUAAAAAAUUCAUGAAGAUUUGGACAAUGAAUCUCAUACUUCUUCAUUAUAAUCUACUUAUGAAAUUCAUCUAGAUAAUUUAUAUUCUUAAACUGUUGACUUAAAAAAACAACUCACAAAAAAGACUACUCUUCCAAAGAAAGUUAAAUAAAUGAUUAAACUUGAUGAGCUUAACUAACAAUCUCUUCAGGCGAAUACAUUCAAAUUGACACAUUGA